AGCAGGAGGCAUUUAUCUAAGCAGAGUGCACAGCGACAGUGGAAGAUGCACAGAGUCAGCCUGCAAGAAUCAGGGAGACAUCCAUGGGAACUGACAGGAGCUCCCAGCUCUUGCUUAGCUUUACUGCAUUACUGGGCUUGGUUUACAACUGAAACAACAACUUUAGAACUAACGAGUCUUCAAAUUAAAACUCUUGCUGAAAGGGAACACACAUCUGACAACUCCUAUCAUCACUCAGAGCAUAUUGACAACAUUUCCUGAACUGGAUUAUGAUGUCCCUUGUCGGACUAUGGUCUCAAGAAGAAGGAGCCGUCAAUGGACACAGUCACUGAGGUCUAAAGAGCGACAUCAUCUCACAAUACUGUCACCUGCCUUCUUCUUCACACCACUUUCCAGCUUCAGCCAACUCAAAGUCUCCUGCACACACCACUCUCCAGCUUCAGUCAACCCAAAGUCUUCUCCACAACCACCCUGUCUCAACGUCCCACUAGGAAUCCGUGCUGCAGGAACAGUGACCCUGCACUCCCCACACAAGGGUCCCAAAUAAAGGUUAAGGGUGUUGCUGUGCUGAGGAUCUGACAAUACAUUAUGUUGUUCAUUGAUCACCACUGCAUUGUAUUAUAAUGCGCAAAUGGAUGCUUACAUGGAACCUUCAAAAUCUUUUCUCGGGACUGUACCUGCAUACAAUCUUCCUGUUCGGCAGCGUGUGUGUGGUCUACAGUGACUGCACUCCAGAGCAACGUGCCGCCAUCAUGAACUGCUCCACACACGAGCGCCACACCAGGAAUUAUGACUACAUGGAGGGAGGAGAUGUGCGCAUCCGACAACUGUUCAGCCGCACGCAGUGGUUCCUAACAAUUGAUGACAAUGGUAACAUCAGUGGGACUCAAGAUCCCACCAACUGCCACAGUAUCCUGGAGAUCAGGACAGUGUCUGAGGGGGGCAUACUGGCUAUCAAAGGCGUGAAGAGUCAGUAUUAUAUCUCUAUGAACAGGACUGGACAUCUGCAAGGCAAGAGGAUCUACAAUGAAACCUGCAACUUCAAGGAGGUUUUCCUAGAAAACUACUUCAAUGCUUACUCCUCUGUAAAGAGGACUAAUAACGGCAAAGAAAUGUUCAUAGCCUUGUCUCAGAAGGGAAAACCAGUGCGAGGGAAGAAGACCAGGAGGGAGCACAUAGCAUCCCACUUUAUCCCUAUGAAGUGCAGAGAGGAGGAAAGGAGGGUGGACUAAAAAACCAUGGGUCGCAAAUUGUGUAUUAUUUCAAUCACAUAUUAUAUAUGUUAACAGAGACAUAUUAACACAUUACCAACAUCAUGCUCCACUCUCCAUGUGUAGAUUUAUUAUGUUAUGUUCAUAAUUUCAGAUGGGCACAUUAAACUACUCCAAACAUCCUCAAAUAAGAUUCUGAAACAAUACUGAAAUAUUUGAAAUAGCUUCACCUGUUGCACAGACUGUAAAACCAACAAAAAGUCUACUCAAUAUUCUUAUUAUUUUAAGUUAAAUAUUAUAUUUACUUAUAAAACAGUUAAGUAUUUUCUUAUAAAACAGUAAAGUGUAUUACACACAGUCGGGACUGUAUCCUUUUCCAAAGAUGACACCCAUCCAGAUGAGGAGACCUGUAUGAUCAACAGAAAGGUCCAGAAUAGAGAUUUGGCUUGACAAAGAUGUGCUGAAGCAAGCUGGACUUGUCUUUUUUAAUGGUACAAUUGUCCAGAGCACACAUAACUGAGGCACAAUGAAUUACAAUAGCAUGUUCAGUAAAACUAAAGUGUGUGAAUGACCUGUGAAUCAUC